AUGACACGCCCCAAACCCCUGCUCCCUCCCACCCCCGACCUCAAAACCCAUUCCUCCCUUUCCAUAGCCACCAACCUCCUGUUACGGUGUGAGCACUUCUUCCACUCCCUCGCCUUUUUGGAGCACACCAGCGCCGAAGAUCCCACCAAAAUCCUACAACAAAUACGCUCUUUGUGCCGAGACUUCCAUGAGACGUUAUUCAUAAUCGACCAAACCCUCUACCGCCAUCGUCUCGCACAUACCAAAGCCAAACGACUUGGCCACACAGAAGGGGAGAAAGAGGAAGGUGAAGAUGAUGAAGGAUAUCGUGUGCUGUCCGAAGUAAACGAGCAGCUUACAGACUACGCAUUUCUGGUGGGCAAUGGGAUUCAUCCGUGGGAUGCGCCCUAUUCAUUCCUUGAGCAGAAGUCAGCUUCUUCUUCCUCCUCCUCUACAACUGUAUCGUCGACAACGGCGACGACGAAACCGUUAGUUCCGAACCAAGUGAAAUUCCCACCAGCGCAAUGGAAGAAUCGUGAAUCGCGCAAGACAACAACGCCGCUUGCUGGGUUUCCGCUUGUGGAUCGUUAUGCCAUACCUAGCGGUAUCGGUGACUUUCUUGAUGAAAUCAUUCUCGAAAUAGGAUGCCGUAUAGUCGAUGGUCGAUGGUGUUGUGUUGUCAUACCCUCAUCACUUUACCAACUGAAGAACGACGAAAGACAGAGGAGAAAAAUACAAAAGACAACCAACGAUUUAUCUCAGAUCGACCUUCAGAAUACGAAAGAUUUGGAAUUAGGCGCAUGGACACUUCAAAAUUGGCAAUAG